AUGUUUCAAAACCUUACCUUCCUUUAUUUGAUCCUCUUGUCAUUUUACCCUUUCACAAUUACCGCUCUAGUCACAAACCUCCAGGGAACCUAUCAGCAAUAUGCAUCUGCUAUGUAUAAUCUAAAGGAUAUCUACAACUCCAAAAACUUCUUUUCCGCCUUCAGCUUCUACACUGGUGCAGAUCCCACUCAUGGAUAUGUAUCAUAUCAAUCUCAAUCAGCGGCCUCAGCACAAGGCCUCAUCAAUACCAACAAUGGACAAGUCUACUUAGGUGUUGAUUAUAAGACUGUUAAUCCUGCAGCUGGUCGCGCUUCUGUGAGACUUUCGAGUAAUAAGGCGUAUACUCAUGGUCUAUUCAUUGCAGAUAUUGCACAUAUGCCUGGGUCUAUUUGUGGCGUUUGGCCUGCCUUUUGGCUUGUUGGACCUAAUUGGCCUUACACCGGAGAAAUCGAUAUCAUCGAAGGCGUCAAUCUCGCCGGUACAAACAGCAUAACCCUACACACCGGCCCCGGCUGCUCCAUCAAUACCGCCGGCUCCCAGCCAGGCAUCGUUCUCAGCGACUCCAACUGCAACGCCAACAGCGGCUACAACGGCUGCGGCGUCACAACCAACAAAACCAACUCCUACGGCACAGGCUUCAACAACAUCGGCGGCGGCGUCUACGCCAUGCAAUGGGAAUCCUCGGGUAUCUACGUCUGGUUCUGGCCCCGCGGCAGUAUCCCCGCCGAUAUCACAGCAGGUAAACCGGUAACAGGUAAUUGGGGCCUACCAGUCGUGGCGUUUAAUGGAGGGGGAACCUGUAAUGUCGAUGCAUUCUUUGCAAAUCAGAAUAUAGUGUUUGAUACGACGUUUUGUGGGGAUUGGGCGGGGAGUGUUUGGAGUAGUGGGAAUUGUGCGGGGUUGAGCGGGACGUGUAAUGGGUUUGUGGGGGCGAAUCCGGGGGCUUUUAAGGAGGCGUUUUGGACGGUUAAUGAGGUGAGGGUUUAUCAGCAGUAG